CGCGUUCCAAAGUCUGGGACCAUUGCGAAGGCCUGAUUCAUCCUUUGCUGCCUGCUCCCGCCCUGCGAAUUGCAGCCUCUGCCGCCGUGUCAUCGUCCGCAGCUGCACAAUCCUACGCGGCUGUACGUUAUCACUGCGCGAAUAGCUCCCAACAACACCGCCGCCGCCGCCCAGCAUGAACGGCGACAGCUACUCCCGAGACGGUGGGCGAUCAGGCGGAUCCCGCAACUAUUCGUCGAGAGAUGACCACCGCGAUCGCGGUGACCGUGGCGACAGGCGCCGGCGCCGGUCUCGCUCGCCUCGCCAUGGCGGAGGCUCCCGCCGGGACUACGAGGUAGACACGUACUCGUCCAGCCGCGACUACCGUGAGCGCGAGCGCGAAGACACAUAUGCCCGUCGCGAGAGGCGUGACGACCGGGGCGAGCGUGGCGGAGAGCGUGGAGGAGAGCGCGGCGCAGAGCGUGGUGGCGACCGUGGUGGCUGGGGAGACUCGUACUCUAGGCGCGACCGCCCCCGAGGCGACCGCGACCGUGACCGCGACCGUGACGACGACCGUGGCCACCGCCGCGACCGAGACCGCAACGACCGGGGCGGCGACAGAUUCGGCGAGGAGCGAAGAGGCGGCCGGGGCGGACGCGACGGCGGCUUUGGUGGCGGGCGUGAUAGGGCGCGCCAGCCCAAGGAAGACUCUCCGCCAUUCAACAAGCCGCGCGAAGCCACGCCCGACCUGUCGACCUUCACCAGCAUCCUGCAGCGCCAGCGCCGCAUGACACAAUGGGACAUCAAGCCCGCCGGCUACGAGAACAUCACGGCCGAGCAGGCCAAGCUGUCCGGCAUGUUCCCUCUGCCGGGAGCUCCCCGCGCUGCGCCCAUGGACCCGUCCAAGCUGGCCGCCUUCAUUUCGCCAUCGACCGGAACUGCCACAGCGGCUGCCCUGGCCACGUCCGCCGCGAAGCAGUCGAAGCGUCUCUACGUCCACAACCUGCCUUCGGGUUGCACUUCCCAAGAGAUUAUGGAAUUCUUCAACACGCAGCUCAACGGCCUGAACGUAGUCUCGGGACACGACCCCUGCGUAUCCGCCCACAUUGCGACUAGCAAGGAGUAUGCUGCGCUCGAGUUCAAGGCACCCGAAGACGCAACACUUGCUCUGGCCAUGAACGGCAUCUCGAUGCGCGACGACGGUGGGGCGCCAGACCGACCAGGCCUUUCCAUCCGCCGGCCCAAGGACUACAUUACUCCUACUGCUGACGAGAACGCAUACCCGCCCGGUGACGAGGUGUCUUCGGUUGUGAAGGACAGUCCCAACAAGCUCAGCAUUGUCAACAUCCCCACGUACAUUGAGGAAGAGCAGAUCCGAGAACUGGUCGAGACCAUGGGCAAACUCAAGGCUUUCAUCCUGGUCAAAGAUACGGCCACGGACCAACACCGCGGCAUUGCAUUCUGCGAGUACGCCGACAACGAGAUCAUCGAUGCGGUGAUUGAAGGGCUCAACGACAUUCCGCUUGGUGAUGGUAACCUCAAGGUGUCACGGGCGACUGUCGGUCUGCAGCAGACGACUGGUCUUGACGGCGGAGUGGGUGCCAUUUCCAUGUUGGCAGGAGCAAGCGCUGCCGAGAACCGCGAGCACAGCCGCGUCGUAUGCCUGAUGAACAUGGUGACUUCGGACGAAUUGCUGAAUGACGAGGAAUAUGAAGAAAUCAAGGAGGACAUUGAAGAAGAAUGUGGCAAGUACGGAGCGAUUGUGGAGACGAAAAUUCCCCGUCCUGCGGGAGCGCGGGUGAACCUGGGCGUUGGCAAGAUCUACAUCAAGUACCAGGACACAGAGUCGGCGCAAAAGGCCAUCAAGGCGCUCGCAGGGCGUCAGUUCUCGCGGAGAACGGUUGUGGCGACCGAGUUCUCGGAAGAGGGAUUCGACGUGGAGGCGUGGUAAAGAAGAGGCUUUGUUGCGGUUGAUGUUUCGUAUUUACGUACGUUUGUGCAUUUGACACAUUAUUUUUGCCGGGUUGGGGUGUACGAAAAAAUGGAGAAUAGGGUCAGCAUCUGUACACUAAUCUUGAUUGUAGGGGAAGCCAAUAUGCAUGAGAGCUUGCGGUGCUGGCAUUUGCUGGUAUCUUGAAUAUACGGUGUGCGUGGGUGGGAUGCGCUCUCGAUAGGCUCGGUGAAUAUUAUAGCGCAUUGAUGUCGGGCAUUUCAGGGUGGAGAUGUUCUCUGCACCAAGUAACACUAACACGUCCGAACUUGGGCGG